AUGGGUGCCGUUCUAUCGACAAUACGCGCUGGCUACGACGCGCUGAGCGCCUUCUGGGCCGAACUAUCCCAAAGCAUGGCCGAGUCCGACGCGCUCCUUCGCCGCAUCGCGUCGCCUGCUUUUCCAGUGCUGGAUCCAACGGUCUCGUUCUGGCAGAUGAAUCCACCUUGCCCGAAACUGGUCAACAUGAAAUCCAAGAAGCUUCCACAGUCCGCUGAUAUCGUCAUCAUUGGUUCCGGAUUGUCGGGCGCUAGCGUGGCAUACACAAUUCUGUCGGAAUGUCACGCGCUAGGAGCAGAGAAGAAAGUCGUUAUCUUGGAAGCGCGCGAGACAUGUAGUGGUGCGACGGGGAGAAAUGGUGGCCACUUGAAAUGCUCGCCUUAUUCGCUGUAUUCCGACUUGAAGGGUAUGUUGGCGCCGAAGGCAGCUCGAGAAGUCUUGAAGUUCUAUCGUCGGCAUCUUCCGAUCAUGCUUGGUUUAGUGAAAGCAGAAAGGCUCGACAACACGGAAGCUAGAGAGGUGGAGACUGUUGAUAUUUUUCUGGAGAAAAGCGCAUGGGACAAAGGCUUAGGGAUGGUUAGGGAUCUUCGUCAGGAUGUUCCAGAAGCUGCGCACGAUAUUGUGGUUUGGGAAGCCGAUGAAGCUCGGAGGAAAUUUGGCCUAAGUUGUCAUGCCCACGGUGCCAUCACAUAUCGCGCUGGAGCAAUGUGGCCCUAUCGACUUGUGAGCUCGCUUUACUCACACCUGCUUUCCAAAUAUAGCCAUUCUUUCUCUAUCGAGACCAGCACGGAGGUUCAAGAAAUUCAUUUGCAAGAUGAUGAAGCUACCCCGUAUUGUCUUAAGACGUCACGCGGUGAGAUAAACGCUCGGCAUGUUGUCCAUGCGACCGAUGGAUUCACAGCCAAUCUUAUCCCGGGAUUGAAAGGUAAAAUAUUUCCUGUGCGUGGGCACAUGACGGCUCAAGCGGCGGAAGGCCCAUCAUCAGGCUUGGAUGGCUCACGGUCCUGGAGUUUUAUUGGCAAAAAGGGGUUCGAGUAUAUUACCCAACGACCACAGAAAUCGGCAGGCUGUCACAGUCCGGGUGGGGAGAUCAUGCUCGGGGGCGGUCUCUUUCAGUCCGAAGAUAAGGGAACUGACGAGAUCGGCAUCUGGGAAGACGACGGUGCCAGUCCUGUGAUCAGCGCUUAUUUGAGCGGAAUCUGGUCUGUGGUCCUCCGAAAUGAGACCACUCGAGUACUUCAACUAUGGACCGGCUGCAUGGGUUACACCAUAGACCUUCUGCCUUUUGUCGGACGCGUUCACCCUAAAUUCACCGGAAGAGACCCACAGCGAUCGUCUCAUAGGAGGAAAUCUCCGGGGAAUUCUAGGAGCGAUACCCCCAAUGAAUGGAUUACCGCUGGCUUCGGUGGAGAUGGAAUGGUGUCAGCAUGGCUCUCAGGCACGGCAGUGGGACUAAUGCUUUUAGGAAGAGACGACAUUGAACACGCGGCCCGGCCGGGGAGACCGGCUGGCAAAGUUUCAGAUUGGCUUCCCAAGGAGUUGCGUCUCUCCGUGGAGAGAAUCCGGAGAGCGAACAUCUACAAACUGGCCCAACAACUGUAA